UUGUCUCAAUAACAAACUCAUAAAGACCAAAAAAAAAGAGAGGUUAAGUUUUGGACAGAAGAUGGGAGCAUAUAGAGCAGAAGAUGAUUAUGAUUACCUCUUCAAGGUGGUCUUAACCGGAGACUCCGGCGUGGGGAAAUCUAAUCUGUUAUCUCGUUUCACCAGAAAUGACUUCAGCAACGACUCACGUGCCACCAUCGGUGUUGAGUUCGCCACACGUAGCAUCCAAUGCGAUGACAAGAUCGUCAAGGCUCAAAUCUGGGAUACCGCCGGUCAAGAAAGGUACCGAGCCAUCACGAGCGCAUAUUACCGAGGAGCCGUUGGCGCGUUGCUAGUCUACGACGUGACGCGUCACGUGACGUUCGAGAACGUUGAGAGAUGGCUAAAGGAGCUAAGGGACCACACCGACGCGAACAUUGUGAUAAUGCUCGUUGGUAACAAAGCUGAUCUUCGUCACCUUCGAGCCAUCUCUACCGAAGAUGCCAAGGGGUUUGCGGAGAGAGAGAACACGUUCUUCAUGGAGACAUCUGCGCUUGAAGCUCUGAACGUUGAGAAUGCCUUCACCGAAGUUCUCACUGAGAUUUACAGAGUGGUUAGCAAGAAAGCGCUUGAAGCUGGAGAUGAUCCAACCACUGCUUUGCCUAAAGGACAGACGAUUAACGUCGGAGAUAUCUCGGCUGUUAAAAAACCUGGUUGCUGCUCUGCUUAGAUACACAACCAUUGUAUUUUAUUUAUUAAACAUUUAACAUUUUCACUAAUUUCUUGCACA